UAGCUUGAUACGGGUGCCAUUGCGGGAUAGAAAUAGAAGGUUAGUCAGGCUGCCAGCAAGCAAGCAAUCUUUCAGCGAGGAAAGGGACUCUCUGUGUUGUCACCGCGGAUCAGUAUUGUUUGUGUUAUGAGAAGAGGACACUGGCUGUCUUAGGACUGUGAUUGAACACAAUGGCUGCAGCCCCUCCAUUCAGACGGACAGACUCAGCUCGGGGGGAGUUCUCCCCUCUGAAGCACUUUGUUGUAGCCAAGAAGAAGAUAAGCGAUGUGUUUGAACAACUACUGAACUAUGUGAAAGAGACUUCAGAGUUUGUAGAAGAAACCUGUGGGAAUAAAGCUUUGGAGAACAUUGCGAGUCAAGAUCAAAAGUUGGAGAUUCAGGCGUAUGCUGACAAACUUGCUGUCAUUAAGGAGGUGCUGGCACGCAGACACAUGAAAGUGGCCUUUUUUGGCAGGACCAGCAAUGGUAAAAGCACAGUUGUCAACGCCAUGCUGAGGGACCGAGUGCUGCCCAGCGGGAUUGGCCACACCACUAACUGCUUCCUGAGCGUGGAGGGCACUGAUGACGACAAGGCCUACCUAAAGACGGAGGGCUCUGAUGAGGAGAAGAGCAUCAAGACUGUAAACCAGCUGGCUCAUGCACUCCACAUGGAUGAGAGUCUGGACGCCGGCUGUCUCGUCCGUGUGUUUUGGCCGAAGACCAAGUGUGCUCUGCUUCGCGACGACCUGGUGCUUGUAGACAGCCCAGGGACAGAUGUCACAUCACAACUGGACAGCUGGAUCGACAAGUUUUGCCUGGAUGCGGAUGUCUUUGUGCUGGUGGCCAACUCUGAAUCCACACUUAUGAACACGGAAAAGCACUUUUUCCACAAAGUGAACGAACGUCUGUCAAAGCCCAACAUCUUCAUCCUCAACAACCGCUGGGACGCCUCAGCAAACGAACCAGAAUACAUGGAGGAUGUGCGGAAGCAGCACACAGAUCGUUGUGUGAACUUCCUGGUAGAGGAGCUGAAGGUUGUGGACCGCGAUCAGGCACCCAACCGCAUUUUCUUCGUCUCCGCCAAAGAGGUGCUCAACUCCCGAAUGCAACGUGCACAGGGCAUGCCUGAAACAGGUGGCGCCCUGGCUGAGGGCUUCCAGGAGAGACUGAAGGAGUUCCAGAGCUUUGAGAGGAGGUUUGAGGAGUGUAUCUCGCAGUCAGCAGUGAAAACAAAGUUUGAGCAGCACACUAUCAGGGCCAAGCAGAUCACAGAAAAAGUCAAGAGCAUCAUGGACACCAUCAACAUAGAGGCGGCGGAGAAGAGAGUGGCGGCACAGGAGGACAGAGAGUCUCAGAAGGACCGGCUGGAGUUUGUCAAGAAUCAGCUCAACUUGCUGAUUGAUGAUAUCAAGAAGAAGAUCAAGGCCAUCAGUGAGGAUGUGGAGUCUAAGGUAUCCAGCGCCAUGGGAGAGGAGAUCUGCCGUCUCCACGUACUCGUUGAUGAGUUCCACGCUGACUUCCAUCCCUCACCACAUGUCCUCAAGAUCUACAAGUCUGAGCUGCUGGCUCAUGUGGAGGAGGGGAUGGGCAAGAACCUGGCCUUCCGCUGUUCUGACGCUGUCUACGCUUCUGUCCAGUCCUCUCAGGGAUACAUGAUAGAGAGCAUGCUCCCUCUGCUUCCCUCUUCGGUCCAGAGCCAAGUCCAUAUGCUGGUGCCCAGCAGGAAGUUUGACCUGAGUUACGACCUAAACUGUGCCAAACUUUGCAGCGACUUCCAGGAGAACAUUGAGUUUCAGUUUUCGAUGGGCUGGACAGCGUUAGUCCACCGCUUCCUGGGAUCUGUCAACGCACAGAGAGCACUCAAACUGGUGGACAAGAACUUCCAGGUCUCUAGACCAGCGCUGCCCCUGGCCUGUACGCCCUCCUCAGGACCCCCCUCCACGAUAGCCCCACCCAACCACGAGACAACCCUCAUGACCCAGGAGGACUUGAUGGUAGCCAUGGCAACCAACGUGGCAUCUCUUACCUCCCGCACUUCAAUGAGUGUUAUCCUUGUUGGAGGAUUGGUGUAUAGAACAGUUGGCUGGAGGCUGAUUGCCCUGUCAGCCUCACUGUACGGCUUGCUGUACCUGUACGAGAGACUCACCUGGACCACAAGGGCAAAAGAGCGAACUCUGAAGCGCCAGUUUGUGGAUUACGCAACCGAGAAGCUGCAGCUCAUCGUCAGCUUUACUAGCGCAAACUGUAGCCACCAGGUCCAACAGGAGAUGGCUACGACCUUUGCUCGGCUCUGUCAGCAGGUGGACCAGACACAGAAAGAGCUGGAGGCUAAAAUCCGCCAACUGACAGCCAAGAUAGAUCAGCUGGAGACCGUCCAGAGCCACUCCAAGAGCCUGCGACAUAAAGCGACAGAUCUGGAGAGACAGUUGGAGGCGUUCACAAACCAGUACCUGCAGCCUCAGCAGUGAGCUGCUCUUCUUCAUCGUUUCACAAAUUGGUUCUUGUUGAACCAAUCAUUCCUUCACCAGGCGUUGCCUCACCGCAUCCGGUCCUCACCACCUGAACUACACCACAGUUUUCUAUGUGGACAGUAGCGCUGAAAAGAUGAAUGGAUUAAUCGAUUGGUCUGUCAACCGAAAUGAAAUCUGUAGAUAUUUUGAUAAUCAGUGAAAUGUUAGAAAUAUAUCAGGCAGGAAUACCAAACUUCUGCAGCUUCUCAAAUGUGAAGAUUCAGUCCUUUUAUGUAUUUUUUCUUUUUUGUCCCACCAAAUAGUCAAUUUGAAGACAGUUUGUGGUAACUGAAUGGCCACUUUUCAUUAGUUUUUGGACAUUUUAUAGACUAAUAGAUUAAUAUAACAAAAACAAAGAUUAAUCGAUAAUGAAAAUUGAAAAGUUUCACUCUUAGUGGACAGAGGAGAACGAAGGCCCAGACUCGACAGUAUUUUCCCCUCCUCCUCAGCCAUUCGGGGUGCUUGAGAAACAAAACUGCCUGUAAAACAAACAAACUUGGACUCACAAUGUGCAAAGACGCUCCACAAGGUGGCGUGAAGGCUACCGGUCGGGUGCUACAUUUUGACACUAACGUGCUUCUAACUGUGAAUAUGUCUUUUUUGACUAACUUUUGUGGAGCAAAUUGAAGUUUGUGUGUCUGUAAGACUACAUGUAUCUGUCCAGGCACAUGAUCUGCUGUACGUAGCAACAAAAAAAUAAAUAGAUUUAAUAAUAAAACAGAUUUGUUUUUUUGGACCUAGUUAGCGUAAAUUCACUGAGAGAAAUCAUUUGAGUAGAAAGGGAAAGCAUGUCUUUAACAUACUGGAUGUUCAUGUUCUAUUUUCUAACUAUCCAAACUGUAUAGAACAAAGGCUUUGGAAAUCCUCAUAUUUUAUAAUAUCCUAUUUUAUUUAUACCCAUUAGACUUGUAAUGACAAUUACACCAGUCUAAGCUCGUAAAAUUGUCUUUUUUCUUCGAUGUGUUGAAAUACCUCCCAGAUUUUCUUGAUUGUAUUAAAUCUGCCACAAUCUAAAA